AUGGCGACGCGUCACAAAGUGGCCAUGUGCGCACGCGCGCUGGCCGCAGCCCUGAGCCGAACUGGAGCAAGGGGCCCCCGCGGCUGCCUACAGGGCAAGAAUGGCACAGCUUGGGCCCGAGGCUCCGUGCCCCUUUCAAUGCCGCCAGAAGAUCCAGCCAAUAUUCAUAGACAAAAAAGUAUCAGAAGAUUAGGAUAUACAUACUCGCUUAGCGAUCCUAUUCCCAACCAGACACAUUACAAUGAUGAGUACAGCUGGAAAUCCUAUUCUAAAGAAGAUUUGAUCAACCCUGGGACUGACAGAGGAAUCAGAAACUACAAACUUCACCCCAGUCAAGGAUUCUUGCAAUGGACCCUGCCUCCAGGUCACUCUCCAGCCUCAGUGAACAGCUGCCUCCCUUGGAAAGUGGCAUCAGUGGAAGAAAUUAGGAGAGCAAUAUCAAAUCAGUUUGUUUCCAUUACAAAGAGGGACUUUGUGGACAGAACAAAAGCUCAGAAGCUUAAGGAAAGUUCUCAAGUGUCUCUUGAAUGGAAAAAGUCACUUCCCCGACCUCUAGACACGGAAUUUCGACGGAAUUACCAAGUUCCAGCUAAAAUGCCUGAGUAUCAGGAUUUUAGUUUCAAAUAUGGAUGCUACUCAAGCCUGCCGGUUGCUUCUCGAGGCAUAGUUCCUUCUGUGCUCCAUAGCUACAUGAGGAAUCAGGAGCUUACCAAGAAUCAAACCACAUACCAGAGUCAUUACGGGAAUGCCUACUUGGAUUUCUUGAUGAUUUUAAACUCAGUCAACCCCUCUCAAAUCACGGAGUACCUGAAUAAGGUUUCCUACAAAGACAGACAGAUUCUUGAGCGCUUCAUUCGUUCUCACUGUGACAUUGACCAACAGAAGACAUGAAAAAGGAAACUAGAUCAAGUGAAGACAGUCCGAGAAGCAAUAGAAGCACUAGGGCAGACUUGGUCAUCACUGAAAAUUAAGAUGCAAAUUGCUCGAAUUAUGUUGUGGUAUUUGUGUCUUUGUGUUAUCUCGUUUAGCCUUAUUUCUUAUAUAUAAUUUUAUUUUUUUGUUGUUGUUGAGAAUAUACACAGCAAAAUAUACACCAAUUCAACAGUUUCUACAUGUAUCAUUUAAUGACAUUGAUUGCAUUCUUCAAGUUGUGUAACCAUUCUUAGCCUCCUUUUCUGAGCUAUUUCUCUACCA